AACAUGCACGCAACGGAUUUCGUUUCAGAUACAUCAGUUCCUGACGCCGGCUGGUUUAGAAUGUCGGAGCCACCGCUGUCUGCAAAGACAUAGCGCAGUGCGCAGCCACACAGGUACCGGCGCGUAGCAUCCUGACAUGGGAGGCUCCAGCUGCGGCCAGCGUGGACUGGGUGGUGUGCCACUCCCGGGAACGGUGGCGAGCUGGACCAACGGAUCGACCGAGGCCGUGGUGUUCCCGGACGCCGUGGACUGGGACGCGUCCUUGGUGCGGCGCGUCGUCCCUCUGUCGGUCAUCAUGUUCUUCACGAUAGCGGGAAACGCGGCUAUCGUGGCCGUGCUGGCUCGACCACGCGCAGCCAAGCGGGCGUCACGCGUCAACCUCUUCAUUCUACACCUGGCUAUCGGAGACCUGGCCGUCGGCCUCUUCACGCAGUCGUCCGAAAUGCUCUUCGAGGUGGAUCGAGUGCGCGUGUUUAUCUGUGACUCGCAGAUCUCAGGAGGCUGGGUGCUGGGAGGCCCCGCUUGCAAGGCGGUCGUGUACGUACAGAUGGUGACCCUGGCCUCGACCACGUUCAUCCUGGCCUCGAUGAGCUAUGACCGGUACGCGGCGAUCUGCAGACCUCUCGAGUCACGCUCGGGUCUGCGCCGCGCCAAGGCCAUGGUGGCUGUCUCUUGGGCAAUGGCGUUUCUGCUUGCCCUGCCGCAGCUGUUCAUUUUCGUACAGGUGCAGACGGGCGUCACGACGUCCGGCCGUGCGCAUUUCGAGUGCCUCAGUGUCGGCUACACCCGCCAUUGGCAGAGACAACUGUAUUUCUCCUGGCUCACCCUGUACAUACUGGUGGCUCCGGGCAUUCUCAUCUCGGCCUGCUACCUGCGCCUCUUGCGUGCCGUGUGGGCGGCAUCAGGCUCGGACGGCUCCAGCUGCCUCGUGACCACGAGCACGUCGUCCCAGAGGAGCAAGGGAAGUGACAAGGCCAACGGGAAGUCGUCUCCUCCGAGGCUUCGUCGAUGCGCUCAAGGACAUCCGCUUCUGCCUAGAGCACGGGCGAAGACGCUUAAGCUCACGGUUUGCAUCAUAACAAGCUUCAUGCUCUGCUGGAUACCGUACUUCACUGUGCAUAACGUACGCAUCCACAGCCACUACUGCAUCAAGGUGCCGCGGGCCGCCAUCGUCUUCGCCGAGACGGUGGCCCUGCUCAACAGUGCCGUGAACCCGGUGUUCUACGGGCUCUUCAACGUGCACAUACGCCGCGGCAUCUGCGACAUCCUGCCGUGCAUCCGCGGACACCGUCGUGGUCGGCGGUGCAGCGCUCGCGAUUCGACGACACGCCAGCGCACCGGCGUGCUCACCACGACGUCCUACGCACCGGAUGCCGGCUCGGUGAACAGCCCCGCAUUAAGCAGCAGGGGACGAUCGCUCUGCCACCAAAGCGGGCGCGCUUGUGGCGACGUGACGACGAUACCCCUGGUUGCUAUCAACGGGAGCGCUGUGAUGGCAUCUGUUGUGUAAUCGCAUUCACGCAUGGCCUUUGGAGGUGAAUGUCUGGUGGUUACGCAGGAAGAGCAGGGUUUCAAAGUUUCCGAUGGGCGUUUUCCUAGCGCGUGUCUCCAUUCACCCCCAUCGUCAAUAGACUGAAAGAGCCGAAGGUAUAUAAUAUUUUCAGAUGAGAAAGCUCAGUCGGGGAAUCCUGAAGUACAGUAACGGUGAUUCCCUGAUUCGACAGUUGCGCUCAAGCGGAACAUUCUGGCUUCCCGUGAUAUUUCAUGAUUGCCCUUGUACGCUCUUGAUUUCACUCGUCUGGUGUAAACGUCUGAGUGUCUAUGUUCUGACGGAGCCCUCGCCAGGUGACUGUUGAACAUGUUUGCGUCUUUCAACCCAACUGAUAUGUUAAUGACUGAAACAGCGCAACUAUAUGUCAUCGAUGUUCAGUGAGGUGAGCACGCGUCGCGAUGUUGUCGCUAUGGCACCGU